ACGUACGCAAGCAGCAACGACUGCCAAGCUUUGUGGAUGCUUUCUCCAUACACAAACACAGAUGUAAAUCUAGUGGUGACGUUGUUUUUACUCCCUUUACUCAGACGCCUUCGUCACUGUGCAUCAAUUUUUACGAGGCAAGGGCACUCAAAUCUACAGCUCUAG